AUGAAAAGACAAAUCGUUUUAAUCUUAAUUAUUGCUGCUGCAUUAAUAAAAUGUAGCUCUGAUUUUACAAGUUAAAAUUACCAAUCAAAAAGCAGAAAUGAGAAAUAGACUUUAAUUUGGGAAGAGGUAAUUAAGGAUAGAACUUCUGCUGAUGCUCCAUUUGCUGGUGGAGUUCUCGUUGAAUCUAUGGAUCCUACUAUUUAAAGGGUAUCAGAUAUAUUACCUGAAGGAAGAAGCAAAGUUUUACAUCCUAUUGGUACUGUUUGCAAAGCUGAAUUCAUUCCUACACCAAAUAAUCCAUACACUGGAUUUUUCUAAGGUGCAGAUUCACUAAUAAUCAGAUUUUCUGUUGCCAAAGAGCCUCAUUACACAAAAAAAUAAGCAAAAUACGCUUACGAUAAUUUUGUUCCUGGAUUUGCUUUGAAAUUCCUUAUUGAUGGAUAACCCUCUGCAAAUCUUUUUGCUAUUUAUGGUAUGAAUGGUGUCAAUAGCUAUAACUUCUUUGAUAAAGAUUUCAGUACUCAUAUACCUAUACCAAAAUCUCUUGAAACUACUAUAGUUGCUGACAAAUAAUCUUGUGGAACCAAGAUAGUUUCAUUUGUUGGUUUAAGAAAAUUAUCUGAGCAUACAUAAGAUGGAAAAACUAUUAAUAGUCCUAAAUUUCCAUAUUAAUUGACCUUCAAAGCCAAACAAGAUGUUAAAAAUAAGUUUACUUCAGAUUUUACAUAGGAUUUCAGAAAAAAAUUCUAAACCUUUUAAUCUGGUACAACUAUUUUUGAAGUGUAUGCAACAGAUAAUCCCAUUUAAGCCUGUUAACAAAAAAUAGGAGAAAUAAGAACAACUUCUGAAAUAACACCAAGCUAUUUUGGAGAUACUUCACUUUUCUUUUAGCAUUAAGAUUUUGCACUUGAUCUUUAAGUUCAUCCUGAAUGGGAGCCAUACACACCUUAUUGGAGAAUAUUUGGAGAUAAAAAUCCUAGCUAACAAGAAGGAAAAUGCCCUUUCUCAUCAUUAUUUUGA